CCCCACAAGAACCUUAUUAUUCACAAUUGACUCUUUGACACAAUCGGAUCCUCCUCCUCCUCUCAACUCUCAAGUCUCAAGAGAGUGAGUGAGACUCCAAAGCUCAGAUCUUUUCUGAAACACAGUGAGAAACCCAUGGACGAUUAUCGAUCCAAAUCGUAUGGACACGGAAGAAUGGAGCUGGAUAGGGAUAGCUACUACGGAACUGGGUCCAAUGGAGCUGGAGGAGGACCCAAUUCCUCCGCCAUUAAUGGGAUGCAAGAUCUCAGGUGCUACAGCGCCUCCUAUGCAUGCCCAUCGAAAACGCACAACAAUGAUAGCAACACCACCAACAAGUUCAAGAAGGGCAAGUCUGCAAAUGGGUCGGUUUCGAAAAGCUGGAGCUUCAGUGAUCCGGAGCUGCAGAGGAAGAAGAGGGUGGCUAGCUACAAGGUGUACACUGUGGAGGGGAAGCUGAAGGGGACUCUCAGGAAGAGCUUCAGGUGGCUCAAGGAGACCUGUGAUAGAGUGGUCUAUGGCCGGUAAUGGUUGAAUCAUCAAUCUUUUUUCUGAGGAAUAUGAAUAUAAUAUAUAUAUAUAUAUAUAUAUUGGUUUUGGUUGAUUGAUUUGUGCGCACUGUAUCUGAAUCUCUUACCAAAAAUUAUGAAGAUUAAUGAAUCCGUACUUUGUUGUUUUGGUGA